CGCCGAAACGUCUGUCAUUAUAGCGAGUGUCGCAAUGGUGGCGACGGUGAGACAUUGAAUGACUUUGGCUCCAUCCUGAAAAUAGCCGGUGAUUGUUUUUUUUUGCGGAUAAAACUGAAGGCAUGGAGGCGCUUAUUCCUGUUAUAAACAAGCUCCAGGAUGUGUUCAACACAGUUGGGGCGGAUAUUAUCCAACUCCCGCAGAUUGCUGUGGUGGGGACGCAGAGCAGUGGAAAGAGUUCUGUCCUAGAGAGCCUAGUGGGCAGAGACCUGCUCCCCCGUGGGACUGGCAUUGUCACCAGGCGACCUCUCAUCCUCCAGCUGGUCCACGUCGAACCUGGAGAUGCCCGUAAAAAUGAGGACAGCGGCAGAGAAGGCGAAGAGUGGGGGAAGUUUCUGCACACCAAAAAUAAGAUCUACACAGAUUUUGAUGAAAUUAGGCAAGAAAUAGAAGCAGAAACAGAGCGAGUGUCAGGGAAUAAUAAGGGCAUCAGUGACGAGCCCAUUCAUCUGAAGAUAUUCUCUCCUCACGUUGUCAACCUCACCCUAGUGGACCUGCCGGGUAUCACCAAGGUGCCUGUGGGCGAUCAGCCUAAAGACAUCGAGAUCCAGAUCAGAGAUCUCAUCCUGAAGCACAUCUCCAACCCAAACUGCAUCAUUUUAGCCGUCACCGCCGCCAACACCGACAUGGCCACGUCAGAGGCCCUCAAGGUAGCCCGGGAAGUCGACCCUGAUGGAAGGAGGACGCUAGCAGUGGUGACCAAACUAGACCUGAUGGACGCUGGCACUGAUGCGAUGGAUGUGCUGAUGGGCCGAGUCAUUCCUGUCAAACUGGGACUCAUAGGAGUGGUCAACAGGAGCCAGUUAGACAUCAACAAUAAGAAGUCAGUCGCUGACGCUAUCCGGGAUGAACAUGCUUUCCUGCAGAAGAAAUAUCCCUCUCUGGCUAACAGGAACGGGACCAAAUACCUGGCCAGGACCCUCAACAGGCUACUGAUGCAUCACAUCCGCGACUGUCUGCCGGAGCUCAAGACACGGAUCAAUGUCCUGGCCGCUCAGUACCAGUCCCUGCUCAGCAGCUACGGCGAACCCGUGGAGGAUCAAAGCGCCACCUUGCUCCAGCUCAUCACCAAGUUUGCCACAGAGUACUGCAACACCAUUGAGGGCACGGCCAAAUACAUCGAGACGGCAGAGUUGUGUGGGGGAGCCCGAAUAUGUUACAUAUUCCAUGAGACCUUUGGUAGAACGUUGGAGUGUGUGGACCCUCUGGGAGGCCUCAGCACCAUAGACAUCCUAACAGCCAUAAGGAAUGCAACCGGCCCUCGCCCGUCUCUCUUUGUGCCCGAGGUUUCCUUCGAACUCCUCGUGAAGAAGCAGGUGAAGCGCCUGGAGGAGCCCAGUCUGCGCUGCGUGGAGCUGGUGCACGAGGAGAUGCAGCGGAUCAUCCAGCACUGCAGCAACUACAGCACGCAGGAGCUGCAGAGGUUCCCGAAACUCCACGAGGCCAUCGUGGAAGUGGUCACCUCCCUCCUGAGAAAGAGACUGCCCAUCACCAAUGAGAUGGUCCACAACUUGGUUGCAAUAGAGCUGGCCUACAUUAACACAAAACACCCAGACUUUGCAGACGCCUGCGGGGUCAUGAACAACAACAUUGAGGAGCAAAGAAGAAACAGGAUGAGAGAGUUGCCCACUGCGGUGCCCAGAGAGAAGUCUCUUGGCAAAGGCCCGGCUGGCGAGCCCCCUGCAUCUGGAGCAGACACAGACGGUGCCAAGGCGCCAGCAGCAGGGCCUCAAGGCGAUCAGGAAGGCACGGGCACCUGGAGGGGGAUGCUCAAGAAAGGAGAGGAAGGCCCAGGCUCGGGGCCCGGAAGCCCCCUUAAAGGAGCCGUCAACCUGCUGGAUGUGCCGGUGCCGGUUGCCAGGAAGCUGUCGUCACGUGAGCAGCGGGACUGUGAGGUCAUCGAACGCCUCAUCAAGUCUUACUUCCUCAUUGUGCGCAAGAACAUCCAGGACAGUGUGCCCAAGGCGGUGAUGCACUUCCUGGUCAACCACGUGAAGGACAGUCUCCAGAGUGAGCUGGUGGGGCAGCUCUAUAAAUCGGGCCUCCUUAACGACCUGCUGACCGAGUCGGAGGACAUGGCCCAGCGCCGCAAGGAGGCGGCCGACAUGCUCCAGGCGCUACAGAGAGCGAGCCAGGUGAUCGCGGAGAUCAGAGAGACGCACCUGUGGUGAACUCUUCACAUGAAAGUACCUUCCAGAUGAAAAUCGAAUUGUCAACGUCAACGGACAUAUUUAACAUGCGAUAAGGAACAAAUACUCUCCUCCAUUUAGGGGUAGAAGUCAUAUGGACAAACAUGGCCGCUUCUUGUGUGUCGCUCCAUUGUCCACACUGUAAAUGUUUAUGUACUUUGCGUGCAUGCUAGCGGUUUGCGUGAAUGUUUGUUUACAAGCGGCGAGUGCGAAAUUUAGGAUGCUUUGCCUUGUGCUCACGGGGACAGGUCUUGUUAACUGCUGCACUUAACAUUUGGUACUGCCACCAAUGUGACCACGCCCACACACAAGUAUUGGCCCCGCCUCCGUCGCCUGAUUGGUGCUGAGCUGAGACUUCAAGACGUUUGACAGACUGAGAGCUGAUGUUGACCGCCCAUACGAACCAGUUGUACUGUACAUGUUUGUUUUAGCAUAUAUUUAAAAACCAAUCAUGUUAAGUUAAGCUAUACAAUACAUUCUCAUGCAACGGCAAA